AUGCGGACAGUGGUGCUCCUCCUCAUGAUGGGAAUAGUGGAUCAAAGCAUCAGCCAGCAUUACAGCCAGUUCCAGUGGCUGUCCCAUCUGCGAGGGCGGAGGCAGCACGCUGGCUUGCAGGCCAAUGAUGUGGACUGCCCACUGGAAUGCGACUGCCUCUCAACCUUCCCCACAGCUAUGUACUGUCACAGCCGCAACCUUCAGCAUGUUCCCUACGUCCCCUCACAUAUUAAGUAUGUCUACCUGCAGCGUAACCAGAUCACAGGCAUCCAGGAUGGGGUGUUUGACAAUGCUACCAACUUGGUCUGGGUUGUGCUCUGUCACAACCAGCUCAACUCAGACAAGAUCGGGAAAAACGUCUUCAGCAAACUCAAACACCUGGACCGGCUUCUCUUGGAUCACAAUGAGCUUAUACGUUUGCCUCCCAAUUUGCCCAAGUCCAUCACGGACCUUCGAUUUGGUCACAACAAGAUCUCAAAAAUCCCCUCCAACUCAUUCGAGGGGAUGGCCAACCUCACCACCCUUCAGCUCCAAGCAAAUGUCAUAGAGGACGUUGGAGUUGUGUUCAAGGGACUGAAGUCUCUGACCAUGUUGGAUAUGAGGAAAAACAGGCUGAGGAAAAUCCCUGACAACCUACCCAAGAGGCUCCAGCAGCUCUAUUUGGACUCCAAUGAAAUAGAGAGCGUGCAGGCAGGCUUUCUCACCAUGAAUCCGGAACUGCAGUUUGUCCGGCUGGCUGAUAACAAGCUGACAGAUAAAGGACUUCCAUCCAAUGUCUUCAAUAUCAGCACGCUGGUUGAGCUUGACCUUUCUUUCAAUAAACUGGAAAAGAUCCCUGUUGUCAGUAGGAACCUGGAGAACCUCUAUUUACAAGCCAAUAAGAUCAAAGAGUUCUCCCUGAGCAGUUUCUGCCGGACCAUCGACAUGACAAGUUUCUCCAGGCUGAGAAUGCUGCGUUUGGAUGCCAAUGAGAUCAGUGCCAGAGGCAUUCCUGCCGAGGCUGCCUACUGUUUGCGACAUGUUGCCUUUAUUCAUGUGUAGCUCUUCCUGCUCUUUCUAUCUCUCUGAUUUCUCUUAACUCAUCCAAAGUUUUUUUCUCCAUCUGUAAAACCCCCAACCUCUUUCACCUGUCACUAUAUUUAGCCUAUAUUGUUCACAGUACACUCCAUGGAAACAUAUUUGACUAUAUAUGAUCAAACAAUUCCAGUAUUAGUCAACGGGAAAUACCAGAGCUGUAUAAUCACCUAUCCAGAUGACAGACAUAUGAAUGACACAGACCAAAGAAAAAAAGGCCAGAUGACUGACAUCCUUUUCCCAAACUAUUAGAUUAUCAGGUUAAAUAAACUUCUCAUCAUAAAUACGAUCUCGCUGAUGACAACAAAUUCUGCCUGAUUCGUGUCUGGCAAAGUAUAACCUGCAUAAAACUUCCUAUCAUCAGCUCAAUUUGGAUCUUUGCCUCCACCAAGUGGCACAAGGUCAUAAAACAGCAGGUUAGGCAGCCAUGACUGUCAUUAUUAUUAUUAUUCUAAUUUUUUUUUUGGCAAGGUCACUUUGACAUAUUAAAGUGACCUUGCCUAUUAUAGUGACAGUGCUGUUGUGACUGUCUAUAUAAUGCUUUUACUUUAAAGCAUUAUGUUCAUUAUAUUCCAUUAACGUUCAACUUUUAAAUUUGUGUAUCAAGUG